AGGCUCUCUGGCUCACAGCGGAUUUGGAAGGCAGGGUUCCGCUCUCCGGUAGGUGCGAUGAGUCUGCAGGACCUUCUGCGUGAACAGCAGGUCAUCGUGGCAGAGCAGCAGAGCAUGCGCGCUGAGUUCCAGCAGAUGCAGCGCAAGCUGGACGACUAUGUGAAGAGCGAACUGAGGCGAUUGAGCAGCCGUUUGGACGCCAACGACGCGCGCAUCCAGCGGGUGCUUGGGGAUGGCCCCACGCCAACAAAGUUUCUGGAGUCGGCAAAGAACCUCUUUGCCGACCCGGCGUCCGGCGCACGCCAGGAGCCGCGGAUGUCGCCGCUGCCAGAGACGGGCGGCUACAAACGCUCCCCCCUGGUGCCCUCCCCGCGAAGCGAGAAGGUCCGGCAGUCCAUGCAGCAACCAUCGAGGAGGAACUCCAAAGCAUCUUCCAAUGACUUGGACUCCAAAACGGACCAGCUCGUGGAAGCGUGCAAGAAGGCCCCGGUCGAAGACGUUUGGAGCUCGCCGGGAGACUCCGCAGUGACCUCGACCGUGCUGGACCACGCGGAGGAGAAUCUGCGGCGCUGCUUCGCAAAGACGAGGGAGGGCCAGCGCAACCCCAACAACCCCCUGCUGGGGCUGAAUGCAAUCUUCAAGCGCCUGGACCAGAACCACUCGGGCAAGGUGGACCGCCAGGAAUUUGCAGACCUCUGCGCUGUGUUGGACUUCAACUGCUCCGCGGACGUCAUGAGCGGGCUUUUCAACCGCUACGACGUGGACCGGUCCAACUACAUCACAGUGGACGAGUUUGGUCGUAUGAUGUUCAAGCUGGAGGGGGACAAGGAGGGCAAGGCUCUGAGCACCAUCGCGCGGCUCCGGGAGGCUUUGGCCCUGCGGGCCGGCGGCUUCGAGACCCUCAAGGCCAUGGCAUCCCAGUUCCGCAUCAUCGACCACGACAAAUCCGGAGAGCUCACAAAGGAAGAGUUCAACACGGCCCUGGACAUCCUCUUCAGCUGCUUCCAGCUGCGCUUCUCCGCUGCGGAGAAGCUCAGCUUAUUCCAGAAGUUCGACCGGGACAACUCCGGCACGGUGAACUACGAGGAGUUUAUCCGUGGGGUGCGCGGGAAAAUGAACGACUUCCGCCUGGACUGGGUCAACCAAGCCUUCGGCAUCCUGGACCGGGACGGCUCCGGCGUGGUCACGGCCGCCGAGAUGGCGCAAACCUACGACGUGUCGAAGAACCCCGCGGUGCAGUCUGGAAAGGUGACGCCUCAGAAGGCGAUGUCGGCGUUUAUGCAGCACUUCGACCAGAACUGCGAUGGGACGAUCACACAGGAGGAGUUCAUCGAAAACUACCAGUGGGUCAGCGCGUCCAUUGACAGCGAUGACUACUUCGAGCUUAUGAUCCGCAACGCCUGGCACAUCUCCGGAGGCGAAGGAUGGUGCGCGAACACCUCCAACUUGCGAGUCCUGGUGAAGCAUCACCGGGCCCAGGAUGAGGUGGUGUGCGUGAAGAACGACCUGGGCCUGCCACGUGAUCCCGCCCUGCGCACCCAGGAGGUGAUCAAGCGCUUGCGCAUGCAGGGCGUGUCAGACAUUGCGAAGAUUGAGUUUUGCGGCUGAAGUGAGGCGGCAGAGACCUGAUGUUUCAAGUGGUCCGGGGGUUGUAAAAGUUUUUGGCCCGUUUUUGCCCCGCUUUGCCAGCCCGUCGUUUGCCAUGAUGCCGCAUUUGUGCUGUUCGCCAAAUGUGGACGACCACGUGUGCAAAUGUGAAAGUGUACAAGCCGAAAACGGGCCGUGAAUUUUGACAACCGCCCCUCCAGUAGUACAGCACACAGGCAAUGUCCACCCGUGCUGCUAGGUUGUUUGCAGCUGGACUGACUUUUGAUUCCUCUUGCCCUUGCUGCUUUGCGCGCAAGGUUGUUAUAGCCCGCGACCUCCAGUGGUGCACUU